AUGACUAACGAAGAAAACGUUAAUAAUAUUAAUAAUACAAAUGAAGAUGACCUCGAUUUUGAGGAAAACGACUCAAAUACCUGGACUGCUAGCGGUCCCAUGGCAAACUUACCCACGGAAAUUUAUUGUGGAAACUCUCUCGAGCCUGCUGUUAAGAAGAAAAUUUUCCAGGCCGAACCUCGAAAUAAAGAUAUCUCCUUUACACCACUCAAGAUGGAGCAACGCAUGUUGUCCGUCAUGUCCCGUUUCGACAAAGAAACUGACAAAAACUAUAGUAGACUGCUCUAUAAAACGUCCUCAGUUCUUAGACCGAUCGAUAAUACACUUAGGAUGGUUUAUGCUUCAAAGCCGACCGAAGACACUGGAGAUUCCUACGAGUCUUGGCUCCAACUUGAACAGACAGUACUCAACUCCAGGGCCCUCCUUUUGGACGCCUUAUCAUACGGAAAUGACCUACGUAGAGAACUGGCACUUAAGAACCUCUCUUCCAAUUAUAGAAAACCUACCGGUCAACGAGGUGUUUUUGGGGAAAAACUACCAGAGUUGGUUCAACAAGAAAAUGAACUUAACAAAUUGUUUAAUGAAGCUGCUUUUCAAAAGAAACGAGCUCAACAAAAUUCAAAACAAAAACAAUACUCUCCUAUCGCUGGAAGAAUCUCCCACUUCAAGGACCAUUGGAUCGCGUCUUUUGGCAAAAAUUGGGUUACAGAUAUUGUCCAAUAUGGUUAUCGUCCAGAAUGGUUAACAGUCCCUCCUUUAGAUGUUCAUCCUAUUUCACCCAAUCGCCAAUACAAGAAAGAUCUCAAGAUUUUUUACGACGAGAUUCAAGCAUUACUGCGGAUUGGAGCAAUUCGAGAAUUAGACAUCGAUACUCCAUUCCGAGGUGUUCACCAAGAUUCUUCGUCCAGUAAUAAAAUCUCUUCGGAAUCAAGGCAUCAGAUUGAUGAUAUAUCUAGACGACAUACUCAUAAUGGCAAGGACGAAAGACGAAGCGUUACAACAGUUAAAGGAAAUCAUGGAUACCUUAAAAAGAAUGGGAUUUACAAUCAACAAAGAAAAGUCAAUGCUCGUACCUUCUCAAUCGAUAGAGUAUCUAGGCUUCAAGAUCAACACAAAGACGAUGACCUUUGUACUUCCGCGGACAAAAGUAAAGGACCUAGUGAACGAAUGCAAAAAGGCAGUGCACCUACCCAAAAUACCGGUCCAGAAGCUGGCGUCUCUAAUCGGAAAGAUAUUGGCAACAACGUCAGCGGUCUUUCCAGCUCGUCUUUACUCCAGAGCUCUGCUCCGAGACAAAAAUUAUGGUCUGAAACUGCGCGGGUGGAACGGUACAGUACAACUCUCCGACGAAAGCAAGUUGCAGCUCGAGUGGUGGAUAAAAAAUCUCCCUUCCUGGAAUGGAAGAAGUUUAAUCCAGGAAGAACCAAGUACUAUAAUUCACACAGAUGCGUCAAAUACCGGCUGGGGUGCGUCCCGGGACAACUUGACCAUCCACGGAAAUUGGACUCAGUUAGAGUCAACUCUUCACAUCAAUAUUCUGGAACUAAAGGCGAUUCAGUUCUCCAUUCUCGUGUUCAAGGAGCUAGUGAAUCAAACGAUAUUGAUUCGAACAGACAACACGACGUGUGUAGCCUAUAUCAACCAUCAGGGCGGGACGAUAUCUCCGGAUCUCUCAAAGAUCGCAGAGAAUCUGUGGACAUUAUGUCUGAAACGCAAUCUAAAAUUGAUAGCGGAACACAUUCCGGGCAUAAAGAAUGUGGAAGCGGAUCUGGCAUCAAGGAUAUUGAUUGA